AUGGCGGAUAUCGCCCCAAAUCAGACCAUAUACGUGAACAACCUUCCAGAAAAAAUAAAGAAAGAGGAUUUGAAGAAGAGCAUCUACGCAAUCUUCUCACAGUUUGGAAAGAUCCUGGACGUUGUUGCUUUGAAAACGUACAGACUAAGAGGGCAGGCAUGGGUGGUGUUCGCGGAUCAGAAAUCUGCAGACGAUGCGAUCCGGUCCAUGCAGGGCUUUCCCUUCUUUGAAAAGCCCAUAAGGCUAUCCUAUGCAAAGGGCGAGUCGGAUGCUGUUGCAAAGCUGCACAACAGAUUUGAGGAGAAGGACAAGAAGGAGCGACAGAAGCACAACAAGCUUGAGCGGGUAAAGGGAAGGCACAGGGAGCACAGGCUGCAGCAGCAGCCCCUAUGGUGCGCAUCCAUCAUUCUUGCUGCGCCCAUCGCGCCGGGCAACGCGCCGCCGCACAAGAUCCUGUUCGUGCAGAACCUGCCGGAGGAGACGACCUCGGCGAUGCUCGCGUUGCUCUUCCAGCAGUACGCCGGCUACAUAGAGACGCGCAUGGUCGAGGCGCGGCCGGGAAUCGCCUUUGUUGAGUUUGAGGACGAGGACAAGGCGACUGUGGCCAUGGCCGGCUUGCAGGGCUUCAAGAUCACCGCCACCAACGCAUUCACCAUUUCCUACGCAAACCGAUGA